AUGAAAAUUGUAGCAUUCGCCAAUAUUUUCUUAAUGUUUAUCAUGUAUAUAAAAUGCAUGGAUCCCAAAAAAAAGGGAAAUGAAAAUUUCCCUGCACGAAACUCGACAAACGAAGAAACAAACUUCGAUUCAGCGUAUCCAGCAUUUAAUAUACAUUACAAUAUAGAACCGAAAGACUGGAAAUAUAUAGAAUUAGUUGAAAAGGAAAAAAAUGAUUUCCUAGUUGAUAUUAAGAAUGAAAUAAUAUUAAUGGAAGAAGAUAAAAUGAAAAUUAAUUAUGUCCUAAAUAUCCAAAAACAACAAUUGGAAGAAUUGCAAUUUCAAAUAAAUCAUAUUAAACACAUGAUAAAGAAGAGUCACAUAGGAAACGAUCAAAAGGAGGGAGAUAUGGACGUAGAUGUCAUGCCACAAUAUCUAAGAAAUGGUAAUUUCGUCACAAAUAAAUUCGAUGGAAAAAAAAUAUUAGAAACGUUUAACGAGUUAAAUAAUUACACAUUAAACAAGUACAAGUUAACGAAUCAAGGUAGCUUUUAUCAUAAUUUGGCUGAACAGUGGAUUAGCUAA